CCUUGCCUCCUGGGAAAGUUCGUAUAAAGGGGUGAACACCUCAAAAGGAUGUGCAUUACUAUUGUGUUCGGCAAAAACAAAGUUCACCUCUAUUGAUAUAUGCUAGUUUCUUGCUUCACCUUGGCAACGAAGAAGUUUGUUUGGACUUCACCAAUUUUCUUGUCCAAUGAGUAAAAGUUUUUCGGCACAGCAACAUGUCCAAAGCCACCACAAUUAAGGAGGCUCUGAAGCGCUGGGAGGAGCGGGAGCAGCAAAAUUCCCUGACUGCCAAGGUUAUUGAUCUGCAAUUCCAGUGGCCACCCAUCGAAAAAAUGGACAGCACAUUGGGCACGCUGGUGCAGUGCGAGAGAAUCAGUAUGUCUACGAAUAUGAUUGAAAAGAUAUUCGGCCUAUCGGGCAUGAAGUGCCUCAAGGUCUUAUCUUUAUCACGAAACUACAUUAAGCAGAUAUCUGGACUGGAGGCGGUGGCUGAAACCUUGGAAGAGCUGUGGCUCAGCUAUAACCUAAUCGAGAAAAUUAAGGGCUUGACUGGUCUCAAGUGCCUAAAGGUGCUCUAUAUAAGCAACAAUUUAAUCAAGGACUGGUCGGAGUUCAAUCGCCUGGCCGAGAUCGAGUCCCUCGAAGACCUGGUGGUGGUGGGGAAUCCCCUAUCCGAGGGUUUAGACGAGCCCACUUGGAGGGCGGAGUGCAUCAAGAGACUGCCCACAAUCCGUAAACUGGACGGAGAACCAGUCGUGCUCAACGAGGAGCCUCAGCUCUAAGG